AUGGGGAAUUCAAGACUUUUUGGUAGAAAUAAAUUUUUACCUCAAGGAAAGCAUGCAUAUAUAACAGGUGGUAGUAGAGGACUUGGUAAAGAGCUUGCAAAACUAUUGGCUUCUAAAGGUGCACAUGUCACGAUAGUUGCUCGUGAAUAUGAUGAUUUAAAGAUAGCUUUAGAAGAAAUUAAAGGUGUAGCCAAGUAUAGAAAUGAUUAUGAAUCGUUGGUAUUCAAUAUUGUUUCAGCAGAUCUUACCAAGUAUGAGGAAUCAGUUCGUGCACUUAAUGAAGCAUCUGCUAAACAUGAUGGAAAAGUUCCUGAUUUUAUUUUUUGUUGUGCUGAACAACCAAUUUCAGAUUUUACAUUUGGUAUGCAAUUGAAUUAUUUUGGAAGUCUAUACACUGAGGCUGUUAAAAAAAUGGUUCAGCAAAGUGUUAAAGGAAAAAUAAUUUUUGUUAGUAGUUGCGCUGGGUUGAUGGGAUUUGUAGGAUUUUCUCAAUAUAGUCCAAGCAAACACGCACUUAGAGGAUUGGCUGAUUGUUUAAGGAAUGAAUUGAUUUUAUAUGAUAUUGGUGUUCAUUGUUAUUUCCCCGGCACGAUAGAUUCUCCUGGUUUAGUUGAAGAGAAUAAGACUAAACCAAAGGUGACCAAGGAAAUUGAAGGCGAUGAUAGUCCAAUAUCACCUAGUCAAGCAGCUAAAGCUUUAUAUAAAGGACUUUGCCGUGGUGAGUUUUUUAUUACAUCAGAUUUUAUAUCAAAUAUUUUUAGAACUUCAAUGAGGGGAAUAUCACCAGGAAAUAAUUUCAUAUUGGACUUUCUUACUUCCGGACUUGGAUGGAUUGCAUUGUCACCUACUAGAUGGUGGAUGGACGGAAAAGUUAAAAAUUUAAAGCCAAAGAAAAUCGAGACUUCAAUUAAUAAUGAAUGA